GUCCGUUUAACACUUCCAUUUAUUCCUCCCUGGCCGUUGCCCAUUCGCGUAAAAUACGGCCACUGUAGAGCCUCUAGCUUCUUCAAUCUUGCUGCCACCUCCACUGCGGAAAGGCUGAACAGCACCUUUGUGUCGCAUCUCGCUAUCAAGUCGGUUACUGUUUGGGAUAACACUGCUGGGUCAAUUCCCUUUAAGUUUAAACCUCCUAUUCCAAAUUUAUGUUGUUGUUGUGUUCUUCCUCGCCUGCAUUCUCUCGCUUAGUUCCGGAUAUUGCUGUUGAAUCAGUAUUGUACUGUUGUUGGAUAUUACCUUUGUUUGUUUUGAACUUUUGAGCAAUGGCAGCAGAACAAUCAAUAGUGGAUGUCAAGCCAGACACCCGAAACUGGACAUGCCGACUCACCUUGAUUGAAAAGCAAAACGUGCGCACCGCCCGUAAUUCACCAUUGAAGUUCAUGCCUAUGAUACUCACUGAUGCUACUGGCACUAAAGUACAAGCCACAGUGUUUGGCGGUGAUAUCCAGGGUAUUGACCAGCGUUUGGCCUUGUACUCUACAUACUUGUUCUCUAAUGCAUUCGUGAAACCUAUCACCGACAUGCGCUUCUGUGUGGACUAUGGGUACCCAUAUGUUUGGUCAUUCAAUAGGCGUACUUUGAUACGAGAUGUGGACGCGCCAGAGGGGCUUGAGUAUAGGCAGUUGGCAGAACUUGGCGCUACGCCUUUCCAUGACCUCUACGCCAGUCAUAUGCGCAGUGACAAAAUAACUAUCUUAGCCGCCAUUGUUUCCAAACUUCCACGCACCUUUGUGUUCAGCAACGGCAAACAAAGACUUGCCUGGGAUGUUGUUCUUAUCAAUGAAGAGUGCAUACUUAUACCAUUUACAUUAUGGGAGGAGUUCGUUGAACGGCAUGGGGUUGAAAUCGACAGGCUUCUAUAUGCUGGUGAUCACCCACUUGUUCUCAUUAACAGGGUGGUUGUCAACCUUUUCCAAGGGCUUACAUUUGCUACCCGAUAUGAUUGCCAUAUGGAACUGAACCCUGGUGGCCAACGAGCACACAGUUUAAAAAGAUGGGUUGCCAGCAACAUCGAAAAAAUUAACAUGCUGGUUCGGAAUAAAGAAUAUGAUAAUGCCUUUUUAGUAAUUGCACAACCUCUCUCGCAACCGCGCACAACCCUCUCAUGCCUGGACGCAGAACUCAAUAAGGUCCCUGUUGUGUGGGUGAUGGGGAGGUUUAGCUUGGUUAAUACUACUGAUGAAUACUUCUAUGCUGGCUGUGACUAUUGCAACCGUAAAGUAUAUGGUUCAGAGGGCAUUGCUUUCGAAUGCCUUUUCUGUGGACAAACAAAUGGUACCAUUAUCCGUCGGUUCAGGCUGGAAACCUCACUGACCGAUACUGCCAUUUCCAUUCCACUCACAUUAUUCAGCACUGAAUCCCUUGCUCUUCUGCACUACACGGGCGUGAAUCCUAAUAUAGACCUAGAUUUGGAUCUCUUUAGUACAAAACUUCAGGAAGUCAGUGUUGUAGUAGGUCUGAAACGGACAAAAGUUAAUGAAGAUGGGAUGCAAGGACAUCCUUAUAGCGUUGUAUAUGUAGCAGUGGAAGAAACUAAUCAUGCAGCCCCUACAACAGGUGCCUCAACAUCCGGUGUGCUCUCCCCAAUACCCUCACCACCGACCACACCAGCUAUAGGAGGAAACUUGCCACCCAUCACUCCAACCACCUCACCUACAAAAACUGAUUCUACUUGCUCCCCAUCAAGUACUGCGAAAGAAGACCCAAUCCUGGAGGCCAAGAGGAAACUAACCUUCAAAACAAUGGAUGACAAGUCACCCGGUAAGCCUGCUACCCUAGCUCACCCACCUACACAGGGGGACAAGACUAUGGAUGAUACAUUGGUGACCCUUCGAACCAACAAACGCAAAUCCACCAAAUACUGAAGCCCUCUUCAGUGUUUUACAAUAUGGCGGCAAUGAUGGCUGAUAAAAAAUUUUCUCUGUACAUAAGUGCAUGUAGCACUUAAUCCCUUUAUUAGCAUCAUAUUUCGCUAUUUAAGGCGGUUUAGGUUUUUUGUGUGAUCGGUGAGAAGCAACCGUGAUUGUUUGACCUUAUUUGCUUCUGGAUACCGCCUACACCUACUUAAAAUAACAGGCCAUGCCAUUGUACAUUAUGUUUUGUAGACAUCAAACUUAUGUGAUAUAGUUCUCAUAAUAUAAAUAAUGAUUUCGCUGUCUU